UCUAAAUAUUAAGCCUUUAAAUCUCUAAGCAAAAACAAAAUCGCCAUGUUGUAAUUUAAGUAAAUAAUUAUAUAUUCAUUUAUUUUAGGUUCACAGAAUGCUCUGGUGAGUCAAUACUCAAAAACGCCGGCCGGCGUCUCGAUCACUGCCGACGAAACACGACACAGGAACCGAGAAACACGAGACCAGGAGGCAAGACUAGCAUCUUCUUUACCGUCGCCCUCCUCAUCGCCCGCACAGGUCUUGCCAUCAUGUCAGCAGAGAUAACAUCCUCCGUUCAGCUGUGCAGGAUAAUGCGACCAGACGACGCCAACAUCGUGGGCAACGUCCAUGGAGGCACCAUUCUGAAGAUGAUCGAGGAGGCUGGUUACAUCAUCAGCACACGACACUGCAACACUCAGAAUGGGGAUCGAUGUUUGGCAGCUCUGGUUCGGGUGGAGAAGACAGAAUUCCUGUCUCCUGUCUUCAUCGGUGAGGUUGCCCAUGUGACAGCUGAGAUCACCUUCACCUCCAAACACUCACUGGAGGUGCACAUCAAAGUCAUGGCCGAGAACAUCAUCACAGGUGCCAAGAAAAUGGCCAGCAGGGCGGUGCUGUGGUACGUCCCCUUUUCUCUGCAGAAUGUAGAAAAGAUUAUGGAGGUGCCACCUAUCGAGUAUUCCAGUGCAGAGCAAGAGGAAGAGGGCAAGAAGCGUUACGAAGCCCAGAAAAUGGAGAGACUGGAAACCAAAAUGUUGACUGAAGAAAUAGUUUCCUCUCCGCCAAACCCAGAACAGCACACGGUGGCCUUCAGUCAGUCCAGUCUGAUCCAGUUGGUGGGACCUUCUGAAUGCACUCUACAUGACUACAUUAGUGGAGGUGUCACCAUGAAACUAAUGGAUGAGGUUGCCGGCAUAGUCGCGGCUCGUCACUGCAAAACCAACAUUGUCACUGCCUCGGUGGAUGCUGUCAACUUCCAGAAGAAGAUUAAGAAAGGUUCUGUGGUGACAGUCACAGGCCGUCUCACAUUUGUCAGCAACAAGUCCAUGGAAAUCGAAGUGGUGGUUGAUGCAACUUCACUGCUGGAGGGCGAGAAGAUAAAAUAUCGUGCCGUCUCGGCCUACUUCACCUACAUCUCCCUGGACAGGGACAACAAACCUCUCCCUGUUCCAACUCUUAAGGUUGAAGGAGAGGGCGAGCAGAGACGCUUCGAAGAGGGCAAAGCACGUUACCUGCAGAAUAAAGCCAAGAGAGUCACAACUAAGGAGCAGCAGUGAUGAUGAUGAUGAUGAUGAUGAUGAUGAUGAUGAUGAUGAUGAUGGUGUCACCCCUCCACACACGUGUGCUGUAUCACAGGAAGGAUGUGAAGCCCCUCCCUCUCGUCCUGACCGGUAUACUAGUGAUCUGUUCAACAUCAUGUCUUGUGUCGUGUGCUUAUCACCAAAGUAUCCACAUGUAGCUGCUCUCUCUCUGUGUGUGUAAAUGUCAGAGACAUAUUUUAACAAAGGGAGAUUUAUAUAUGUAUGAGGACUGUUAAUGAUAACUGUCGGUGUGAUGAAAGAGACAGUCUGACUGUAUGCAGGCAUAAGAGAACUAUUUUAUUUUAUUAACUUUUUCUUUAGUAAAUAUAAAAGCUGCAGGUCUAAAAGAAAGGGUGAAGAAUAUUUCAUAAAACAUUGGUUCACUAACUUUAGAUGCAAUAAAAAUGUAAUCUGUAGUGAACAUUUUUAAUGGCAUAAAAGCGUUUGGUGUAAAAUAAAUCGAGGAACUGAAACUUACAAUGCACUCCUAAAAUGACAAGAUAAAAAAAAAAU